AGACAGAGAAAGGCCCCUCCAGCUGCCCCUCCUGCAGCUCCCCAAACUGUCUUCCAAGCAGCGCCACAGGCAGCUCCUCAAGCACCACCACAAGCCCCAUCUCGGAAAUUCCAGGUUGUCGAGAAAAGAAAGAAGCCCGCAAAGCCAAAAGCGGACCCCCUCUUUAAACCAGAAUAUACCAAAAUCAACAGAGAAAUUAUUGUUGAAACCACCGCCCCAUCUGACGCCAACCCCUCCGAGAUCAGCACCCUUGUCAACGCAAGAAUUCAGGACGAAUCUUGCCACUUUAUCUCAGCAAGAAGAACACCCAAAGACAAUUUCAUCCUGGAAACAAAAUUCAUCACCCCGGCAACAAAGGCAAUGGAAUAUACCAAAGAAAUCGAAGAGGCCCUCCUCACCCUUCAAGUACCGGUCGUUAAUAUCCGCGCAAACUCUAAAUGGUCAAAGUUCCUUCUCCACGGAAUCCCCACAACGAUCGGGGAGGGCAUCGAGGCAGGACAAUUGGUAGCAUCUGAAAUCAGAAGCAACUAUGGAGAGGAAUUCCAACUUGCCCAGGUUCCCCGCUGGAUCUCCAGAGCAGAGACUCGAAUGGAAAAAACCCACUCAUCAAUGGUCAUUGCGCUCCCAGGACAAAUCACUACGGAAACACUAGGAGUCAAAUUCCUAUCCCUCUUCAACCGAAGAUGCCAUAUCGAGGCUUUCCUCCCAACCUUCCCAGACACCCAGUGUGCGAAAUGCCUAGAAUACGGCCACCGCCAGGAGAAAUGCAAAAACAACGGGAAAUGCGGCCAUUGCGCCGGAGAUCACCUCACCAGCUUCCACUCAUGCAAUGAAUGCCAGGGAGGAUACAAAUGCACCCACACCCCAAUCAGAUGCCUGAACUGCAAAGGAAUCCAUAAGGCCUCCGACCCAGCAUGCCCCGAAAGAGUCAAACGCCGAUUCCUCAACAAAGGAAAGGAAAACGCCCUACCCGCCCAAGACCCACCUGCCGCACCCGCCCAAGAGUUACUGCCAAUAAUUCAAGUACCAGCUACCGCCCCGGUCGAAGUCGCACCCGCGGCGGUGGAGGAAGCGGAAACAGAUUCUAACAUAUUUUUUCUACUAUUACAAGAACCAUGGAUCUCAACAGAGGGAUACCCACCAGAAUCAAACCUCUUUUACCUUUUUACAGCCAGCAAUACCAAUACAAAAUGCGCAACAUACGUCCGCAAACAUUCCAACCUCAAACCAAAACACCACUACACAUAUGAUAACUUCAUAGUAUCGAUUACGGUAGAAAUCCAGAACAAGAAAACCCAAAUCCUAAACAUAUACUCCCCAGGCCGAAGUGGCCCCUUCGCCCAAAUAGCAAGUACAAUCCAAACCCUUGACAAUUGCCUAGUAAUGGGAGACUUCAACUGCCACCAUCAAAUGUGGUACGGAGUAAAUUCACAUGAAUACAGAAACAACAUUCGAGCAGACCGCGUCAAUGGUGCUCGGCUAAAACAAUGGAUAACGCGACAGAAAUUGACCCUCCUGAAUGAACCAGGAGUCUACACGCAUUUCCCCAGAGACAGAGGGAAAAGGCCCACAAUCAUCGACCUCACGUUCGUAAAAGGCCCGAUACUUGACCACAACCUACGAUGGAGCACUGAACCCUACGGAGCGGGCUCAGACCACGGGAGAACCUCUGUCCAUCUACACUUGGAAAAACCACCCUUUGUACCAAGACGAAUGUGGCGACAAACAGACUGGAAGCUAUUGGAUAACCACAUAUCAAACCUUUCCCUCCCCGCAGAGGCAUGGGAGACCAAGGAACACACGGAACAAACGGUUGAAUUCUUCCUAGAGCUGGUCAAGUCAACAAUCAACAUAGUUACGCCACUCUCGAAGGAGGGGGUAAGAGCUAACUCCUGGUGGUCAGACAAACUGAAACAAAUGAAGGCAAAAGUAAACUCGGCAGGAAGGAAGGCGAGAAAUACAAAGAACCCAAACCAUGUGGAGGAACACCGGAAGGCAUGCAGAGAAUGGACAGUCAUGAUCCGGAAGGCAAAAGCAGACCAGCGGGAAAAGACGAUGAACGAAGCGAAAGGUAGUGAGGUCUGGAGAGUCCUUAAUGCAGGAAGGAGAAGAGACACAAUCAUACCAACCAUACAAGGUGAAGAAACGUUUGCGGGGAAGUGCCAAGCUCUAAGAGCCCAACUUUUCCCCUCAAAACGGACGCCCCCCGAUCAUCCCCCCCUAAACAUUAGACCCCCCUCUUUUGACCUAAGCAACACUUUCGACAUAGUUACCCCUGAAGAACUCAAGAAAGCAAUCGACUCCUGCCCAGCGCAUUCGGUGACCGGCCCGGAUGGCAUUCCCUACACCUUUAUCAAAGCAAUAGUUAAAGCGAACACAACUCUAAUCCAAGACAUGGUCUCCGCUAUGCUUCGGCACGGAGUACAUCCAGCGGAAUGGAAAAUAGCAAAGUGCAUCCCGAUCCCGAAACCCGGCAAGGCAAACUAUCACGAAGCAAAAGCAUAUCGGCCCAUCUCCCUCCUACAAUGCUUCAGCAAAAUCCUGGAGAAAAUAGUGGCUCAAAGACUCUGCAUCUCCGGAGAAAUCCUAUGCACACUCUCAGCGAAUCAAUUUGGAGGAAGACCAACCAUCUCAGCAGUCGACGCCCUCUUAAGAACCCAAACACCAAUCCAACAAAACCUAUUACUGAAAAACAGCACCGGAGUCGCCCGGCGGGACAGACCAGCGAUCCUAACCAACGACAUCCAGGGAGCAUUUAACUGUUGCAAGGAAUUCAACACCGGCAGAAAACUACAGUUCCAAUUCAACCAGGAGCUAGAGGAACCACAGCCCUAUGAUUCCGGAGUGCCGCAAGGUAGCCCCAUGUCCCCGGUACUAUUCAUGAUUUAUGCCGGAGUAAUCCUGGACCCAACACACAGCCCGAAAGAGAUGGACACUACAUACAUCGAUGAUGAUGCGCUGGUGCAAAUAUCCAAAACACCAGGCUUCAUAAUUAAAAGAAUGGAGAAACGUAUGAGAGAAAGACUAAUAAAAGCCGAGCCACUCCAAAUUAAAUACGAUCUGGAUAAAUCCGACCUGAUCUUCUUCCGCCCCACCACAUCAUCCAUACAACAACCACGACUUCCAGUCAAAAUCAAUAAUACCGCUAUAUACCCCAAAGAGAGGCUGAAAUAUGUAGGAGUCUGGAUAGAUCCGACCCUCUCCUUCCGGCCCCAUGUCGAAGCAGCGAUUGCUAAAGGCCUGAAAGCCCUCCACCAAAUCCGAAACACUGCCCGCCUGCCAGGCAUAACAGUUAAGACAGUGCACCACCUAAUAACACAAGGCUUCCUUCCAAGCCUGCUCUACGGAUCCGAGGCUUGGUGGACUGGCGCAGACCACAUUAUAAGAUCCCUCGAACCACUAUACAAUGAAGCGGCCCGGGUCAUCACCGGCCUACCACGAUGGACCAAGAGAGCUAAACUCCUCCGAGAAGCAGGCCUACCCCCCCCUAGAACAUCUCCUGACAUAUCGCUCAAGAAACUCCUCCCAUACAGAGAAGCAAAUAUCAAAGGAACAGGCCUACACCGAAUCGCCUCCCUCUUACUCCCAUAUCAAACCCCCGGAAAUGCGAGAGACAAGUGGAAUCAAAAUAAACUACUACGCGACCACCUAUUGGAAGAAUGGAAUACACAACCAAUACCGAAAUAUCACCACCGGGGGGAAUUCCGCCCCCCUCCCAAGAUUGCGAAACUCACCCUUACGGAAGCAAAAAAAGUAUUUCGAAUCCGGUGCCAAACCACCCGAAUCGACAAACACGCAAUAUAUACAGACCCCGAACCAUGCCAGUGUGGUAUGGAAAACUCAGCGAAACAUACACUUAUGGAAUGCCCAGCAUGGGCUCGAAUCCGCGCCUCUUUGAUAGAGAAGAUCCCAGGAGCGAUGACCUGGGGAAACUGGAUGUUUACAAACCUGAGAACGGAUCUUAUCCUACAAUUUGCAAAAAAAUCUCAACUCUCGAAAUGGUACGAGUCGGCGGAGGCGGAGGCGGACCUGGAAGAGGGGAUGGAAGAAAAUGAUUAG